CAUUCACAAGCACAGUUUGGCAGGCCACACUGCACAUGUACAAUGGCCAUGCCCUCCUCGGCUCCCACCUAGCUCCUGUGGCUGCUCAUAGAUUUCCAGAGUGGGAAAGCAGGUCAUUUCGCAUAGCAGUUUAUUUUUGUUCGUGACAAGAAAGAGAAACAAUUACAUCAGCCUGAGCAUUAUUUCAAAGUCUAAAUUCAGAUCUUCCGCGAUUGGAAACUAUCAGACUCAAAAUAAGACACUCCGGGAAGGUACAAGAAGUCUGUCUGCCCGAAUCCAAGCGUGCAUCAGUGAAUGGAUAGCGCGGAUUGGAAAUCCCGAAGGACCAGCAUCUUCUUCCCAGGCAGGAGCUGCCCCUCCCCCACCUCGGUUACACCAGGGCUCACUGAGGAGAGGGCUGGGUGAUUCACGCCAGCUCCCGGCUGGAGAAAGCUAAGAGUUUCCCACCACCAUUACCACAUUCUCCACCCACCCACUGCCCGCCGAGAAGCGAGCUCAGAGUGAUGGAGGCCUCCUGGCUGGAGACUCGUUGGGCGCGGCCCUUGCACCUGGCUUUGGUGUUCUGCCUGGCGCUAGUGCUGAUGCAGGCCAUGAAGCUUUACCUGCGGAGACAGCGGCUGCUGCGCGACCUGCGCCCCUUCCCGGGACCUCCCGCCCACUGGCUCCUGGGACACCAGAAGUUUCUUCAGGAGGACAAUAUGGAGACACUUGAUGAGAUUGUCAAAAAGCACCCUUGUGCCUUCCCCUGCUGGGUAGGGCCCUUCCAGGCAUUUUUCUACAUCUAUGACCCAGACUACGCGAAGAUAUUCCUGAGCAGAACAGACCCAAAGACCCAGUAUCUGCACCAGCUCAUGACUCCGUGCAUUGGAAGAGGACUCCUGAAUUUAGAUGGGCCCAGGUGGUUCCAACACCGCUGCCUCCUAACUCCUGCAUUCCAUCAGGACGUCCUGAAAUCAUGUGUGGACAUGAUGGCCCACUCUGUGAAUGUGAUGCUGGAUAAAUGGGAGAAGAUGUGGACCACUCAGGAAACAACCAUCGAGAUUUUUGAACACAUCAACUUGAUGGCCCUGGACAUAAUAAUGAAAUGUGCUUUGGGCCAGGAGACCAACUGCCAGAUAAACGGCACCUAUGAGUCUUAUGUGAAGGCAACAUUUGAACUUGGUGAAAUCAUAUCUUCUCGCUUGUACAAUUUCUGGCAUCAUCAUGACAUAAUUUUCAAACUCAGUCCUAAGGGCCACUGCUUCCAGGAGUUAGGCAAAGUGAUACAUCAAUGCACAGGAAAGAUAAUCCAGGACAGAAAGAAAAUCCUCAAGAAUCGAGUAAAGCAGGAUGACACUCAAACGUCUCAAAAUGUUCUGGAUAUUGUUCUUUCUGCGCAGGCUGAAGAUGAAAGAGCCUUCUCAGAUGCUGAUCUUCGGGCUGAGGUGAACACCUUCAUGUGGGCAGGACAUGACGCCUCUGCAGCUAGCAUCUCCUGGCUCCUUUACUGCUUGGCUCUAAAUCCUGAGCAUCAGGACAGAUGCCGGACAGAGAUCAGAAGCAUCCUGAGAGAUGGGUCUUCCAUCGCCUGGGAACAGCUGGAUGAGAUGUCAUACACCACAAUGUGCAUCAAGGAGACACUCCGCUUGAUUCCUCCUGUCCCAUCCAUCUCCAGGGAACUCAGCAAACCCCUUACCCUCCCAGAUGGACACUCGCUGCCUGCAGGUAUGACUGUGGUUCUUAGUGUCUGGGGUCUCCAUCACAACCCUGCUGUCUGGAACGACCCAAAGGUCUUUGACCCCUUGAGAUUCACUAAGGAGAAUUCUGAUCAGAGACACCCCUGUGCCUUCCUCCCAUUCUCCAGUGGUCCAAGGAACUGCAUCGGGCAGCAGUUUGCGAUGCUGGAGCUAAAGGUGGCCAUUGCCUUGAUUCUGCUCCGCUUCCAAGUAGCUCCAGACCUCACCAGGCCUCCUGCCUUCUCCAGCCACACUGUCCUCAGACCCAAGCAAGGAAUCUAUUUGCACCUGAAGAAACUCUCUGAGUGUUAGAUACUAGGAGAAAUGACAAAAUUUUUGUUUGUUGUUAAGUUAAAUUUACAGCCCAUGGUCCAGGCAAGUGGAAAAGAAUCUAAGACUGAUGGAAGAGUUGGAGGACUAUGAGCUGGGACAUUUCUACAGCUGCACAUUACCCAACGAUAUUUUCAGAUAACACAUGUGACCCUGGAUAAGUAUAACUUGGAGAGAUUGUCAAAUUAAUUUCUAAUGAUUUAUUACUAACCUUGUCUGAAGUGGGAAUUUCUGAGUUCACUGGAGAUUCGGUUAUGCCAUGUGAUGUCUUUCUGGAAGCUGUCUUAUGAGAGGUUGUUUUGCUUAAGCAGACACAUGAGAGGAUGUUUUGCUGAGAACAGAUAUAUGGUGUUCCUCUGGAAGCCGCCUGGUGAAAGGGCAUGGGGUGUCUUGCUGAAAGGGAUGCUUAAGAGGAUGCAUGACAUUUGAAAAGAGCGUACGCAUAACCCAACAGACAGUGAGCCACUCUGGCCUUGGUUCACCUUGCUUUCCUCACUGGUCUUGACUUGUCAGGACUCCGUAGAGAGAAACUCACCCAAGAGCUUCCAGUGGUGUUCCAGCUGCUUCUUGCCGCUUCAGGGGACUCGAUUCAGUUUCUUCUGGAUCAAGCUGUUGCUGAUUCAUGGUUGGUGUUUUGCUGGUGGACUGGUAUGCUGACAAUUAAGAUUGGAAUCGCCUCAAAGAACUACUUGUAAACGGCUACUAGGUCCAUGUCCUCCUUGCCCUAUUAACCAUCUUCCUUCCCCACCUUUGGUCUGUGGGGUAUAAGGGAGG